AUGGCCUUAUGGAGCAGCACUCCCCUUCAGCUGAUGCUAGGCCUCCUGUUCCUCCUCCUCCACCCCAUAACCACCACAACAGGUAUUCGUGUCAACACAGCUGUUAUUCAUCGACCUUCGCGCACCUCUUACAUGCCUGAAUUUCGCGAAGCUCCAGCCUUUCGCAAUGGUGAUGAAUGUGGUUCACAGGAUGCUCAUCGUAUUCACAUUGCCAUGACCCUUGAUGUCAAUUAUCUUCGUGGUACAAUGGCAGCUGUAUUCUCAAUGCUGCAGAACUCAACCUGCCCUGAAAACUUAUCAUUUCAUUUCCAUUUGGCUCAUUUCGAACCCCAACUAAUUUUCAGCGUCAAAUCAACCUUCCCUUACUUGAAUUUCAAGAUUAAUCGUUUCGACUCCAACAGGGUUCGCGGGAAGAUAUCGAAGUCUAUUAGACAAGCUUUGGAUCAGCCUCUAAACUAUGCAAGAAUCUAUCUGGCUGAUAUUAUUCCUUGCAGUGUUGAUAACGUAGUAAAGGGAGAUUCAGACCUAGUUGUGGUGGAUGAUAUUGCUAAACUAUGGGAAGUUGAUAUGCAUGAUGAAGUGUUGGCUGCACCUGAAUAUUGUCAUGCAAAUUUUACUAAAUAUUUCACCAAUGCAUUUUGGACAGACCCUGAAUUGGCUAAAGUGUUUGAAGGAAGGAACCCUUGUUACUUUAACACAGGAGUCAUGGUAAAUGUAACGGAUGCUGAUAAAAGGAAAAAAGGAGGAUAUACACAGAAAGUUGAAGAGUGGAUGACUGUGCAGAAGCAAAAGAGGAUAUAUCAAUUAGGGUCAUUACCACCAUUUUUGCUUGUUUUGGCUGGGAACAUCAAGGCAGUUGAUCAUAGAUGGAACCAGCACGGUUUAGGCGGUGGCAAUGUCGAUGGCAAAUGCAGGAGCCUGCACCCUGGUCCUAUUAGCCUUCUCCAUUGGACUGGUAAGGGUAAACCUUGGCUCAGAUCAGAAGCUAGAAAGCCAUGUGCUAUUGAUCAUCUAUGGGCACCUUACGAUCUUGACCGUACAUCAAGAAGAUCCGUAGAAGAGUAA